AGGUCUCGCCUCAGUUGAUGAUUGAUAGACUUCAGGCUCAGCUGCAUAUCCAAACAGAAGCCAUGACACGCCUACAGGCGCAUGCGCAUGCCCAGCAAGCUGAAGCCAAUGUUCUGACGACAUCGCUCCGGGCCAGACUCCGGCGCCGAGACAACGAGAUGAAGAAGCUGCAGGCACAGCAUGAGCAGCUGAUGAGACAGUUCUUGUCGCGGGUUCUUCUUCUCGAGGGUCAAAUCAAGCGCGAACAUGGAGAAAUCCUGGAGCUAUUGCAAGAUAAAGAUGACGUCAUCCGGCGACAGAAGGCAGCUAUUGAAGACUUGGCGGAGAAAAAUGACCGUCUGCUGCAGGUCAUCAGCCAAGGUUAUGCAACAGAUAACGGCGUCACUAAGGCAGAACAUCAAGAGCCCGGUGACGUUUCUAUUCGAGAUCAUGGGAAUAAAGUUGUUCUUCGCGGAAAUAAAACGAAGAAUGUUGAAAAAGUUUCCAGCAAGGUGCGCUUUAGUGCUAUGAAGGAACGUUUGAGGCGCCACAAAAGUAGCCUUGAACUGUACUCUUCCGCGCCGCUGGAGCCAUUGGAUGAGGGUGGACUUCGCUAUAGCAGUCAGGAGAAUCUAGUUGGCAGGAACAGCUCACUUCGUAAUUUCGAGCGCAAAGAGAGGUGCAGAAGUCUAGUCGACUACCCGUUCGGCCUCCGAGACGUGGACGAGAACCAACAGGAGAGUCCCGACAGUUGUUUUGGUGACGAGAUCAACUCCCCCGAUCUCCCAAACUCGGUUCACUCGUCAACGUCAUCGCUAGUCAACAUGGGUGACAGAAGCAACCACAGGCCCUCCAGCUACGGCUUUAAUGAGCUCUCAAAGUCGCGUUCUGUUCCUCACGCUCUGCCCACUGUGUCCGAGCAUGUUUCAAAGAGUUUCAGGGAGCGGCCCCACUCUCUACCCAGCGUAGAUUUGCUGGCCAAGGACGUACCUACUGUGCCGUCAUCAAGCGCGCCAUCGGCUACUAGCGGGAACACGCCAACUCCUGCACCCGCUACACCAAGCCAAAGUCCACCGAAAUCAUCUUCCGAAUCCAACCCCUUCCAGAGCAUUAAGAAUGUAUUCAAGCGGAGGGGAAGUAAAAAGAAAAAGGCGGGAAUCUCUGGCAGUCAAGACGUAAACAAGGAGCACUCCGAGACUUUGAAGCAGCACUUUAAAAAGUACAAUUUAACUUGAGGAAAACAAAUCAGCAGUUAGUCUACAAUAAUUAGUCAGGCAAUUUUAUAAUAGUUAUGCACAGAAAUAACUCAUGACUAGCUCAUUGUCCUAUUCGCGAUCUUUCUCAUAAUAGACUGGUUUGGCAAUUUUGUUUUAGAAAAAAAAGCCCUUAAACGAAUGUUCUAACAAAGGGACAUAACACAGAUUAAAUUUAAUUGCAAUUGGUUCGUAUAAUUUGAAUAGCUUCCCUUGACUCAAUUUUUUUAAGUUAGGUUUCUAACAAGACUACAGAGUAUCAUUCCUGGUCAUUUUAUGAAAUUUAAAUUACUUUAUAAAAUUUUAGAAUCAGCCCAUUCAAAAGGUUACUUUAUGUAUCAUGUUUAAAAAGUUUUAAUCUCUCAAUUCAAUAAUGUUUAAACAAUUUCCUCUUUCUCCCCCCCCCCCUUCUGUUGUAAAAGCGCAUAAGAUAUAAAAAUAAAUGCUUAAUUGUGGUAGCAUUAAAAUAAAACCCUUUAUAUUGAUACAUCAAAUAUUGUAAACACACCAGAUUGUUUCAUGUCUUAGCCUACACAAUUAAAAUUUUACUAAGACAUUUAUACAUUAACACAAGCAAAUAAUUACAUCUGAAUUAUUGAGGCCUCCUAUUUUUUAUGCCCUGAUUAAACAGUGAUUAUAAAAACUAUUGGAAUGGCUAACUGAACAUUAAUUUGUAAGUAGGUGAUCAUAUUAAUAAAAAUGUUGCAAACCACAAUUCUAGUAACCUUUAUGUUGAUCAAAUUUUUAUUUAAAAAAAACACACAUUUUUAUGAACUUUACAAAUUUAUUUGUGCCAUAUUUAAAUUUUUAUUAUACUGUUUCUAAUUUUUAUAUUGCAUUUUACUAAAGCUUAGCUUAAUAUAGUUAAUGUAAUAAUAGAAACAACAUGAAAUGAGUUGACUAUUAGUUGUAUUGUAUAAGUAAAUCUUAGUUAUCAUGCUGGUUAAAUAAACACUGCUGAUAAGUUUUGGUCAAUUAAAAUAAAACUUAUUUAGAAAAUAGGGGACUACACUUCAUACCCACCACCAAUUUUUGAAAUUCCAUUUACUUCUUUAAAACUAUUUUCUGCAUGCCCCUUAAACAUAAACAUGGCUUAUUUGUGAAUGUUUUAUACCUUGCUAUAAUUUUUGAAUAUUUAAGUAAUCAUUGUUUAUAUUACCUGCUGUAAAAUAAUUUCAUCUUUUUUUCUUUCAUUUUUAGCACCCUAACUAAUUUUUAGUCCUAAAGUUUACCACCAAAAAAUGUGAAUGAUUCAUAGUUUAGCAAUGAUUCUAAAAUCAAACAGCCAAAAGUAAAAUGUACUCACAUUUAUUAUUGUAUAUCUUAAAGGUGUUUGCCAUCAAUGAAUUAAACGAAUUGUGCCUUUACACUUGUUCUCUAUUAGCAAGAGUUCUGGCCAUAUGGUACUGUUCAUAUUAAUGUUUCAUUUCUGUUAAAUUGUAUCGCAAAAGUUUUGUGUUCUUAUAUCUAUCUGUAUAAAUGUAUAUUAAAAUUAGUGUAUGGAUUUGCAAUAGCACAUUAGGAGUUGAUGUGUGGCCUACUUGUGUGUGAAUCUGUAUAUGCAUGAGCAUUCUUUGUUUAAAUAUAAAUUAAAAAAACAUUUAUUUUUAGAAAUGUACUUUUUAUGUACAACUCUAUCUGGUCUAAAUAUCUUUAUUUCAAAAUUUCAUUGAGUUUAAUUAGUAAGCAUACCACACAUACUGCAUAAACCAUAUUUUAGUUUAAGUAUCCAAAAGAGAAUAACAACAGGUUGAGGUAAUUUGGCCAAGUCACAUCACAGAACUUUGUUCCAUUUUAGGUAUGUUACUGUCAUAUAAACCUCAAUUAGCCAAAAUGCUUGACAUAUUUUUAAAGCAGACAUUUUUUUGUGAAAAAGUUAUUAUGAUAGUAUUGCCAGUAAUACUGUUGUUUUAUUUAAAGAGUUUAGAGUUGUUGGUAACUUUUUUCUUCUUCAAUUUUUAGAAUCUGCUAAGUAAAUUUUUUUUAUUGUUGUGUAUUUGUAUAUUACAUUACUUAAGGUUUUUCUGUUAAAAAUGAUAAUUUUAGACACAAAAAAAGAUCUUAAAGUAAGUUGUGGUUAGAUUACUGUAAAAUUAGUAGUUAAUAUUCAAUUUUUGUUUAUGAUUAUGCAUUAAAAGGUUUCCAAUUUAGUUUUCACUACCUCGCUUUAAGAUAAUGUUUAAGAUUUUAUCUUUACAUUUUCAUUCAAUGCCAGCAUAUCGUUGUUGCUGUAGUGAUGUUUGUGACUAAGUCAGUAACUGUCAUGAAGAAACGUUUGUGCCUUCAGUGGUGAAGAUUUAAAAUCUAGUUGUUUUUUGUAUUGAACAAUAGUAAAGCUAUAGACAUUCAGUCAUUAUUUGUAACAGAUAAACAAAAAAUAUCUAGCAGAUGUGUUAAAACUAAAUCCAUUCAAAAAUAAGUUUCAAGUAUCUUUCCCUGGCAACUAUGUGUAACAGCCCCAGAGAUGCUAUUUUUUUGCUCAUACAAUUCUCCUUUUGAAUGGAAAAAUAUUUUUUUUUUUUUGCUGGCAGAGAACAGUUCUUUUGCCAAUACAUUGUAAGCCAUCAUCUCAAUGUAUAAUUACAUGAGUCCCAUGCCUCCAGUAUUUUUUUUCUUAUUUUUAUGGUGUGCUUUGAUAAAUCUACUCCACUCUCUCCAGAAACAUAAUACCUUACCCUAUUUCUAAAGAAUAACUCAAAAAUAUUCCUAAUGGAACUAAAUAUAGCAUCAGCCUGAUUGCUAGUGUCAUUGUUGUCAAUGUGAAUUUGCAGUUAAGGUAAUGUUCUAGAUUGCUAGUACCACACUGUUACUUUGGUUGUUUUUUUUUCAGUUAUGUUGAUUUCUCUUGCUCCACUUUCCCCUUCAGCUUCAUUUUAAUAAUUUUAUUAUUAUUUUCUGUUUAGCACUGUAUAAAUAGUUAGACAUGUCAGUUAAGUUACUGGGAUGACAUCAUUAGAGUUACUGGACAUUGAACUAGUGGUGUCUUCAGGUUCUUUAUCUUCUACAUCCAAUAGAUCAGAUUGAUCACUUGUUGGUCCAAUGUCACCAUCAUCCACUGGUACACUAAGACCAACUAAAACUAUUCCCUGUGGUUCUGGAUAUCAUUUGGUUGUGUUUAAGUCACUACAUACCAAACUCUCAGGAUAACAGUCCAUAGAACAUGUGUGAUCCCCAAUUUCUCAAAUUAAUUUCUCAGUGUCCACUGUCCUGCAACAUUCCUAGUGGUGGGGGUCUUUUUCUCUGAAAUUUGGUUGGUUUUGUUGACCAUGUCAAAUUACUUUAUGGGCUCCAUACCAGUACAAAUCAUUACAACUGUUGUCCCACAGUCAAUCAUUGACCACUUGACUACAAUACUGUCAUUAUAUGCAAGUCAGAGCUCCAGAUUUAUUACUAUAGUGCAUACAGCUGUCCCAAAGACAAUGACAUGGAUGGGAUUUCCCCUGGCCACCUAGCCCUAAAUACCUUAAAAAUGUGUCAGUAUUGUUACCAACCCCUCAAUAAAUUGGGGACAAAAUUUACUAUUGAGGUUUAAUCCACCAAGUUGAAGGAAAUUAGAAUAAAUAGAAUUUCCCAUUAUAAAACUGUAUGGGUGUAAUUUACCAAAUAUGUUGCCAGGGAAAGGACUUUAAUAUUUGUGAGCUAGUACUUGAUUGUUAUUAUAAUAUUUGUGAGCCAGUACUUGAUUGUUAUUACAAACCCAAGUCUUAAGUAUGGUUUAAUUCAAUGUUGCAGUGAUGAAAAGGCAUUCCUUCUUGUUGAGAAUUUCAAACAAAUGUCAAAUAUAUUUCACUGUUAUUGAUUAACACUUUAACUGUUACUUAUUUUUACUAUAUAAACCCAUUUUUUCCAGAUUUAUUUUACAAGCAAAAUAAAUCUGGAAAACCCUUUUUUCUAUUUCAACUUAUGUUACUUGUUGUCCAACUUAUACAUUUGAUGCCAAUGUUGAUUAUUUUUGUUCACUUUUACAUUUUCUGCACAAGUCAAAUAUUUUUAACCAAGCUAUGCAAUAAAAAAAGACUUUUUUAUUGCAACAAACCCUUCAUUUUAAUUUUAUUUCUACAAUACUUUACAUCAUGUGUGAUGUUGAUCAGUUUUGUGUCAAACCAAUUUAACAAGGUUAUGGACUAGAACCACAUUGUUCAACAUUUUAUCAGUUGUUUGCCCACUUUUUCUUUGCUUUCUACUGCUUGUGUGUUCAUAUUUGGCCCUGGGCUUGUCCAAUUAAAAAAAAUUUUUCAA